AUGGAUCACUUUGAGAUCCAGAAGCAAUUCCAGUACCAGCUCCAACACCUGCACCAGUGGCGUAGUCACCCUUACCACCCUUUUGGUAGCCCUGGGAAGAUCCGUAAUCCUGGUUGGUGGAUUGAGAUGGGUAACCCUGGCCACUUUGGUAUCCCUGGGUUUUUGCAUAAGUUUGUUCAGGCUGGCCCGACUUACCAUAAGCGUCAUCAGAACCCCAGCUCCAGCUCCAGCUCCAGCCCCAGCACCAGUCACGUACUUGGAAUACUCUCCUUUGCCAGACUUGUCCAGUUGUUGAGCACCCUUCUGGGAAUAGUCCUUGGCCUGGGAGCCGAUCUUGUUAUAGUCGGUGUUCUUGGUGUUAGGAUCCAGAGAUCCGUACUCCUUCUGACCAGACACACCAGAUCCCGCACCAGCAGCAGAACCAGUGCCAGAAGCACCGUGGGCACCAGCUUGGCCAGCUUGGCCAGUUUGACCAGUUUGACCAUAAGAGCUGGCGUAUGGGUCACUCUGGGUCUUUGUGACUCCAGGAGCGCCUCUCAACUCGUUGGUCGAAGCGGUAUCUUGGCCAGAGCCAGAUUUGUAGUCAUUGCCGUAAGAGUCGUACUUUUCACCCUUACCGUGAGACUUGGUAGCAGAGCCAGCAGCAAGACCAGUAGCAGCACCAGCAGUUGCACCAGCGGCAGUUCCUGUGCCAGAGUGGCCUCCGUGAGCAGAGGUGUAUCCCUGUUGAGCUUGCAAUUGAGCGAUUUCUGGCUGACCUUUCUUCUCGCUCUCAUAAAGCUUGGAAGUGUCGGUCUUUCCAGAAACGUUUCUGGUAGCUAG